GCCACGCCUUCUCUCUCCCUCACUCUCUCCCUCUCUCUCGGCUUUCUUUCCCAGCGGCGACGACCGGGGUGCUCCGACGGCAGGGCGAGUGGCGCCGCGCUUGGCAGUUCUUCGUCGGGCGCUUCGACGGACGACAAGGCUCUGUUACUGGAUAGCAAUCUCUGAAUCAAUUGAUGGAGCGCGUGAGGAGGGCUGCGCAUGCCGGUUCUUGGUACACGAACAAUGCCAGGAAGCUGGAAGAGGAACUUGAUGGUUGGCUUGGGGCAGCUGGUCUAACUAAAUCUCCUGAUGUUAGGGCAGUAAUUGCACCCCACGCUGGCUAUUCAUACUCAGGGCGCUGUGCAGCUUAUGCCUUCGGCAGCAUUGAUCCGACUAACAUUUCUCGGGUGUUUCUGCUUGGCCCUUCUCAUCACUACUACACUCCAAAAUGUGCUCUAACCAGGGCUACUGUCUAUUGCACCCCAAUCGGUGAUUUGCCAGUAGAUCAGGAAGUCAUCGAGGAACUCAGCGCCACAGGACAAUUUGAAUAUAUGGAUCUUAGCGUGGACGAAGCUGAACAUAGCAUGGAAAUGCAUUUGCCCUACCUUUCUAAAGUCUUCCAAGGACAUACUGUAAAAGUUGUCCCUAUCCUUGUUGGGGCACUUAGCUCCCAAAAUGAAGCCAUGUAUGGACAGCUGCUCUCUAAAUAUGUCGAUGAUCCAACUAACUUUUUUUCUGUGUCGUCAGACUUCUGUCAUUGGGGAUCCCGGUUUAGUUAUACAUACUAUGACAAGAAACAUGGUGCCAUUCAUAAAUCUAUUGAGGCCUUGGACCGUAUGGGCAUGGAGAUCAUAGAGACUGGUGAUCCUGAUGCGUUCAAAGCAUACCUGCGGGAGUAUGAGAACACCAUAUGCGGACGCCACCCCAUCAGUGUUUUCCUUCAUAUGUUGAAACAUUGCUCAACAAAGAUUAAGAUUGGCUUUGUUCGCUAUGAGCAGUCGAGCCAGUGCAAGAGCAUGAGGGACAGCAGUGUGAGCUAUGCAUCGGCAGCAGCGAAGGUUGAUGCAUCAGGGGAAGAAGAGAAGAAAAAUUGACUCGUGUGAUGUAGCCGCAGAACCUUGGCGCAACAUGUGUGAUUUGGUUUGCCACUGGGCCUGUCUUAUCAAACUUUGUAGCAUCGGCUUGAUGCCAGUUUGGAAUAGCAGGCCCUGGUUAAAUGGCAAAUAUAUCGCCAGAAAAACUGGGAGACUAGACAAUCAAUAAAACUCCUGUUUGGGGUUUUGUUUCUGAGUGCCUACAUUACUACUACUCUUUGAAUAUAUAUAUAUUGCUCCAUCCUUGUGAUU